AUGAGAGAAUUCUCCCUUUUGUUUCUAGUUUUCGUUAUUCAAAAGAUUUCGAUUGCUCUGAAAAUCGAAGAGCCGGAUUUCGAUUACUAUAAAAACUGGCUUCAGAGGAAUCGAACCAUGAUAAUGAUGAAAAAUCUCCCGAAGAAUGCCAAUUACACAUGGAAGGAGUAUUUCGAAAGUUGGAAUUUGAUCUAUGAAAGGGAGAUGGCAAAAAAGGAAUUAUCCUUUGCAGCAGCCAAUUUCGUCGAAUCUGAAAUCCAAAAAUCUGGUAAGCAAAAAGUUGGAUCAGUAAUUCAUCUUGAAGUUCAUUUGAAAAAAUGUGGAAACAAAAGCAACGAAUGGUUUUCAAUUCACAAGGAAUCCUAUUAUGUAAAAAAUUCUGCACAGAUUCAUCAAACUUGGUCUGCGAAUUACUGUAUCUCUGAAAUGACCCAAAAAUGGUGUGAUAUGGGAAAUCGGUUGGUAAUCAAGAUGUCAGGAAACCUGACCUACAAUUCCGUACUUCAUGGAGCCAACGUCAUUUUCACAUGCCCAUUUUCUUUGUACCAUGCCAUUCGGGAUACUGUCAUUGUGGACACAAAGGAUUCAUGGAAAUUCACUAAGGUCUUUUUGAUCAGUUUGGUUGUGUUGGGUGCAUGUAGUUUGAUCGGAAUAGUUGCCUUUGUUGUACUUUUGUUCGAGAAACGGAAUCGAAAAUUGAGCCAAAUGGCAGACAACACUGAGAAUUGGUCAAAAUUCCACUAUUCCCAAGAAUACUUUCCAUUUGAGGAUCCAGAAGACGUCGUCGUAGAAACAAAUCUGGAUGAAAUAUCGAUUCUCAGCGAUGGGAUUCUUUAUGUCCCAAGACGUAAAUGA